UUAAAAGCAGCGGGCGAGGAACGGGCGAAGUUUCUUUCGGAGUCGGUGUUGUGGAACUGAGCUCCUGCUCCGUGCUUCCUCUCCUCAGCCAUGGAGACCGAGCCACUCCUUGGGAGCCGCCGCUCCGAGUCCUCCGGGGCACCGAGCACCAGCAGCUCCAGCAGCGGCGGCGGCCGCCGGAAUUACAGCGGCAGCGGCAGCCCGAUCGAUGACCUAUAUGUACAGCAAGCUGCUGUGUUUAUUGAAGAUGCAAUACAGUAUCGUACUAUCAAUCAUCGAGUAGAUUCCCGGUCCUUACGGCUUUAUCGGUGGUACUACUCUGACGCUUAUCAGUGGGUUUUGAAUGCUGCCAUCUUUGUGAUUUUGGCCUUGGCCUUUAUUGAGAAACCCUCAUCUUUGAGUGUUACAUCUGAUCUCCGAUUCCGCCAUGUGCUUUGGGAGCCUCACUGUGGACUGACGGAAGGCAUUGAAGUAUUUUGUCUUCUUCUGUUCAUUGUUGAUGUAGUGAUAAAAAGCUAUUUAAUUGGAUGGGAAGAAUUCCAGAAGUCAAAAUGGCUGAUUGCCUAUGCACUUAUACUUGCUGCUUCCAUUGUGGACUGGACUGUUACUCUGUGUUUAUUUUGUGAGGAGAGAGUACGAAUUAGAAGACUCUUGCGGCCAUUUUUCCUUCUCCAAAACUCCUCUCUCAUGAAAAAAGCUUUUAAAUGCCUACGACAAACAAUACCACAAAUCACAAGUGUAAUGCUGCUGUUAGCCUUGCACCUGUUGCUGUUUACUAUGAUUGCCAUGCUGCUGUUCACUCGUGUACAGACAACUGAAGAUGAUCAAGAGUGGAAGACAUAUUUCCGGAAUUUGCCAGAAUCUUUGACCUCAUUGCUAGUCCUGCUCACAACAGCUAAUAACCCUGACGUGAUGAUCCCAGCCUAUUCACGCGGUCGAGCCUAUUCAUUGUUCUUCAUUACCUUCAGUCUUAUUGGAACAUACUUGUUAAUGAAUUUGUUGACGGCUAUAAUAUACAACCAAUUUCGUGGCUAUUUACUGAGUUCAAUUCAGACAUCGUUAAUUCGAAGAUGCUUGGGAAUUCGAGGAGCAUUUGAGGUGCUUUGCUGCGAGCGUCCAAGCAAAGCUGGAAGAAGAGGUUCUAUUAGAAUGACUGUAAGUACCAACACGGUGCUGCAAGUCCUGCAGAAAGUGAAAAUGUCUUCAGCGCACAAGCAAGAGAUGAUUAAGCAAGUAAAGGCAUUCACUCAUGACUGUGUUACAGCAGAACAGUUUAGAGCUCUCUUUGAUGAAUUACACAAGGAGACUGUGAGAGAGUAUCCGCCAAAACCAGCGUACCGAUCUGUGUUCUUGCAAAAGCUUCAGACUCUGUUCAGCCAUCGCUUUGUGGAUUAUUUUGGAAACCUAACAGUUGCAGUGCAUCUGAUUUGCAUUUUUGUCGCUUUGGUACGUGAUGCAGAAACACCCAUCUCUAAACGUGAUGGAUUCUUUUUAGGUGUUGUGAAUGGAUCCUUUGUCCUGUACUAUCUUUUGGAAAUGGCAGUGAAAAUCUUUGCUUUGGGCAUUAAAGGUUAUGGCUUAUAUAAAAGCAACCUAUUUGAUGGGCUUCUGACUAUAAUACUGCUGAUUCUGCAACUGUCUUCUCUUGUGCAGUAUGGCUUGCCUCAUCCAGGAUGGAAUCCAGAGUUGCAUGGAUUGCUUUCACUUUGGGAAACUGUUCGGCUGGCAAAUAUGCUCAUUGUUUUCAGAUUCCUCCGAUUAAUUUCCAGUGUUAAGUUAAUGGCCUUAGUUGCCAACAGUCUGUUUGAUCUGAUCAAGAAUUUGCGAGCUUUUGCUGGAAUUCUUGUGGUGGCAUACUAUGUUUUUGCAAUUGCUGGUGUAGUGUUUUUUAAAGACAAAAUCCCAGCUCCUCAGAAUGCAACAAAUGCAAGUCUGAAUGCAAGCAUUUCAUCUGAGAAUAUGACACAACAAUGUGGUACCUAUGAACAGCUGGGUUAUUGGCCCAACAACUUUAAUGACUUUGCUGCUGCUUUGGUCACCCUCUGGGAUCUAAUGGUGGUAAACAACUGGCAGGUUUUUCUGGAUGUCUUCUCAAGAUAUGCUAGUCCGUGGUCCAAACUUUAUUUUGUAGCUUGGUGGCUGGUGUCCUCUGUCAUUUGGGUUAACCUCUUUGUGGCUCUGAUUCUUGAGAAUUUUAUUCAUAAAUGGGAUCGCACUUACCACCCAUCCUUCUCUGAUCAGGAGUCAGAAUAUCAGAUGAGUGUGCAGGAUAUGUUCAGAGAUGAUCUAGAAGAACCAACUGAAGAUGAUUUGUUGGAGAGACUGCGACAGCAUCCACACCUUCAUCUACCGAGAGGGCCCAUAUAGUUACAAGGAUUGUAUCCAAAUGCUUUCGAGACUUAUGACUCCUCAUCCAGGGCUUGCAAUGAGGGUGCUUCAAAUGGGCGCUUUCUGAUUGACUGCAAUUAUUUUUAAGAUGCACAAAAGGGAAAUAACUUUGAAGAUGCCAGUAGCACGAAUGGACCAGAAAUUUCUUUGAAGUACCACAUGCUUUGUAUAAAAAUGCUAUUUAACUGGGAUUGCCUUUUAAAGUUUAACUUUUUCACUGACUCUUAACACUGAGUUCCUAUUCCAGAUGUUUGCUGCAAGAUGAGUAAAAACUGUGGUUAUAUAUUCAUAAACCUAAAUAGUCACCUAGAAAACUGAAUUAAAACAGUCCACAUUUUUACUGUACCUCACUAUUUUACAGGUCUGGUUUUUCAGGUGCUCACUUUUAAAAUUGUAUCUUAAACACUGAAGCUGGUUAGUUACUCUGAAAUCAACAAUCUAUAAUUUUGCACUAUCCCAAACCCAUUUGUUAGUUUCUAUAUGAAAGAUACUUUAUUAAAUGUGAUGCCACUCAAUUGUUUCUGAAACUUGGCCAGUGGCAGAAUGAGUUAUUUUUAU